UUCCGCUUUGAAUCGUAUCUGUGCGUACUGCGAUAGAAGUUGCAUGCUGUCCUGGUGCAGCGCAUCAACAGCAAAAGGUAAACAAACAAAGUGUCAAAAGUGCGAUAAGCGAUAAUACAAAGUCGAAGGUACCGGGAGCACGAGGACCGGCAAACUUGAUAGGCAACGACGAAGACAGGCAGAGGCUUUCCAGUCCAACAUCAUCCGCACGUACACACACACGAUGCCCGAUCACGAUAUAGAGAUGAUAACGAGCGAGCAGCUGCAUGCGGCACUGCGCAAGUCGCAGAAGCAUUUCAUCAUACUGGACUGCCGCAGCUCGCACGAGUACACGGAAAGCCACAUCCGGACGGCGGUUAACUUCUCCAUACCGUCGAUCAUGCUGCGCCGGUUUGCGGCCGGCAAGAUCGACAUCACGUCCACGAUCAAGUGCCGCGAUCUGAAGGAGCGCAUCCUGUCCUGCUACAAGGAGAGCACCUUCGUGCUGUACAACAACAGCAACGAACCGGUCGGUGACGGUGGCGGUGGGCGCGAAGAUCUCGCCCUGCUAACCGGCGGCGGAUGUUCCGGCCUAAUAUCGACAACAACGGCAACGGCCGCCGGCGGUAACGAUACCACUAUUAAUGUGCUGCACCGCAAGCUCAAGCAAGAUGGCUGCCGGGUGGUCUGUCUCGAAGGUGGUUAUGCAAACUUUCGUCAGUCAUUUCCGGAGUGGUGCGAGGAUGAAGUCAUCAACGCUAACCUGCAGACGGGCUGUGCGGCAACGGAGCAACUGAUGGGAUUAAGAUCACUCCGCAUUUCGAUCCCAUUUUCGGACUCGGCGUGUAGCAGCAGCACCGAAUCGUCCGAUUGUGAAAGCAGCACCAACUACCUGUCGGAGUCAGCCGUUAGUGUCGAACCGGUCGAAAUCCUGCCCGGGCUCUUCCUUGGCAAUGCAUCCCACAGCGAGGAUUUGAAGUCGCUGAAAAAGUACAACAUUAAAUACAUUCUGAACGUGACACCGGAUUUGCCGAAUGUGUUCGAAAGGGACGGCCAGAUACGCUAUCUGCAGAUACCGAUCACCGAUCAUUGGUCGCAGGCCGGUGACCUAGCGAACCAUUUCCCGGAUGCGAUCAAGUUCAUCGAUGAAGCCCGCACGAAUGGGUGCGGUGUGCUGGUACACUGUCUGGCCGGUGUGUCCCGCUCGGUGACGGUGACGCUCGCCUACUUGAUGUUUGCCCGCACCCUCUCGCUGAACGAUGCGUUUCUGCUGGUCCGUUCGCGUAAACCGGACGUUUCGCCCAACUUCCACUUCAUGCAGCAGCUGCACAGCUUCGAGCAGCAGUUGAACAUCGACCCGACACAGUCGGCUUCCGCCAAACAGGCCCUCUACUCUGCGUCCUCUUCCUCCGCCGCCUCGUCCUGUUCAUCGUCUUCCGUCGGCGCUGGAGUAGGGGGUGGUGGUACCUCCUCAAACGACGGUGGUGGUGGUGGAGGUGGACAUUCCGUUUCUACCACCCCGUUCAGUGCCAGCUCGAUUGGUUCGUCCGGUUCGGGUUCGGCCGGUAUUGAACCGUCGUCACGUCACCACGCGCCACAUCACCAUCCGCUACAGCCGAAGCACGCGCUGCACCAGGUACAUUCGCGCCAUGCCGUCAAGUACAACUGUGCAUGCGUGGAGGUGGAGUGCAAGUGUACGCAGGCGGCGAUCGAUCUGCUCGGCCCGUUCACGACCGGCAUCUCGCCCGACUCCGGCAUCGAGUUCGACCGGUGGACACCGAGCAGCAACACGCCGAAAUGAGAUACGGCCGGCGAGGGUGGGCGGUUCCAACUGCCGGACCACUUUCUCCUCCCCGGCCACGAUCAUGCUGCCGCCACCGAGGACAGCAACAAUAGCGAUGGCUAAAAGCGCACCGCGCCAGAUUUAGGGGUUUUCGUUUACUCUGGGACAUCGUUUUCCGCUUCACAUUCUCCCGGCACAGCCACGGGUUUGUUUGGUUCGAACCUUGUUCGAAGGACUUUCAAUGCCGCGCACCACACACACAUAAAUCUAUAUUCGAAUCCAUCCCUCGUUCUGUUGAAAUCCCGUCUUCCACGUGCCGCGGAACGACUAAAACGCACAGCAAAACAAAAACAAAAACGAACCUUUGUUCGAAGGAUUUGCAUCGGCCGUAGCGGAAUCAAACGAUCGAGGGAUCGAGGGAACUAGAAAAACACAACACACCAGUGUUGUGGUUUUGCAAACUCUAAUAUGUGUGGAUGGUCACUUUAGUA